AGAACACCCGCAAAAACAUUCCUCUCACUCCGCCUUUUCCAUUCUCUCUUCCCCACUUCCACCGUCCGUCCCCCUCUUUCCCCAUGUCGGACACGGAAAUAAACGUGAAAACGCUCAAGGUAGCAGAGCUGAAAGAAGAGCUUUCAAAACGUGGCCUCGAUACCAAAGGUCUCAAGAAAGAUCUUGCUGAGAGGUUGCAAGGUGCAUUGGAUGCUGAGGCGAACCCACCUUCUUCAGAGCACGCUACCGCGCAAGCUGAAGAAGUCCCGGGUUCCCGCCCUUCCACCCCGCCCGUUCCCACUGUCGCUGCUCCUGAUGUUGUUGCCGAACCGUCAACUUCUCGUCCUCAGACCCCUCCCCUUGCCCAAGACCCAUCGACACCCUUGGCUCCAUCAACGCCUCCACUCCCGACAUCGGAUAAAGGUGUCGGAUCUGUGAUGGUGGACGGCUACCCGGAAGCGUUGGAGAAGCAAGCUACCGAGGUCAAGGAUGACGCUGAUAUGGUGGAGACGCAGCCUAAAGCUUUGGACGAAGAGGUUGCCAAAGAAGUAUCAAAAGAAGAAGGAAAAGAUGCCUUGCCUCUCACGCCUACUCCACCGCCCAGGAGUCUUUCACCUUUACCGGUAGGGGAGGAGAAAAACGAGGAGCAAAAGGAAGAAAAGGCGGAACGCAAGUUUGAUGCUCAGUCAGAAACCAAGCCUGAACCAUCAGCUCCUGUUGAAAAAGAUGCAAAUGUCCAGGAGGACCUGCAAAUUGUUCCUCCAUCUCCUCAAAGUCCUGCAGACAAGAAACGCCCCCUUUCUCCUUCUCCUGCUCCUGCUCCACCCGCCAAAAAGUCUCGUACAACUGAUGGGGCCGCAAUAGCCUUUUCCCAUGCCAUCCAUCCACCCACAUCCACCCUCUUCAUCUCCAAUCUCAAACGACCUUUCAUGCACUCUGCCUUGCACGAAUAUCUUUUCUCCACUGCUCCCGAAUCCAGCCCGCCUACUCUCCCUCCUGCUCGCGCGCCUUUUGCCAGCGACGAAUACCCCGGUCUUUGGCUCUCUGGCGUCAAGGACCACGCGUUCGCCGUCUACCCUUCUGUCGAGGAGGCACUCGCCGCCGCUCAACGUAUCGAUAACGUCCAAUGGCCUGAAGAUACCGGCUCAGCGCUCACCAUUGAGUUUAUCGCCGACGACAAGUUGCUUGCGCUCGUACAAGAGGAAGAGCACGCAUGGACCAACGGGAGACAAAAGUUGAAUCUCAAGGUUAUCAAGCGUGAUGAUGGAGAAUUCGAGUUUACGCACGAAGGUGUUGGGGGUUUGGGACGUGCGCCUAUGAGAGGUGGAGGGCCCCUAAGGGGUGCAGGGAUGAGAGGAGGGAUGCAGGGAGGUUAUCCACCUCACCACCCCGGAGGAGGCUUUGGACGACCUCAGGGCCCUCCGGGACAAUUUGGAGCUGUUCCUGCAGGUGGACCGAGGGGACCACCUAGACCUGUACCUUUAACCGGUGUCAAUGCCAUUGGGGUUGCUGGUGGGAGAGGAGGUAGUGCGAUAGGGGUCAGAGGACGAGGCGGGUUCGGUGGUGGGCCAGGAGGUCAUGGGAGGAUGGAUGGGCCGCCUCCUCAUGAACAUGGACAUGGGCAUGGGCAUGCAAUGCAGCAAAGGGAUCCCGUAAAAGAAGAGCUGAAGAUGAGGCCAACGAGAUUUAGGCCAAGAUUGUUUUGGAAAAAGGGACCCGGUGCUGUUGAAGGGUUGGCAAGAGAUGGUGGCAGAUGAGAGGAGAGAAGAAUGAAUGAAUGACGAGAAAAGUGUAUGUAGAAGAGGGUCGGACAGUAUACGUUGGCAUACAAAUAUAGGAAUGCAACACUAUCUACACUCUAUAUAAUAUAAUAUCUACAAAUAUAUCUCACUCUAUUCUCUGUCAGCAAAAUGCAAUAGGACGUCCCCGUCUUUCAUAGCAGCUUUUCCUUUAAUCUUCACACCAUCUUC